GGAAGGGUUGAAGCCCGAUGACGCGAAGGUGGCCAGCAUUCGUGAUUGGCCACGACCUCAGUCUGUGACUAGAUGAGAUCUUUCUUAGGAAUGACAGACUACUACCGGACUUUUGUAAAGAACUGUAGUGUAGUGGCCGCUCCUUUGACUGAUCUGACCCACCUUGAUACCCCGUGGGAGUGGACAGAUGAGUGUGAGGCUGCUUUCAGACAUCUGAAGCAUGCACUAACGCAUUAUGAAGUCUUGAAACUUCCCGAUCCUGAUAAGCCGUUUAUAGUAACCACGGAUGCUAGCCAAUAUGGCAUUGGCGCCGUGCUUGCGCAGCAGGAGGGGCUAAAGUUGAGGCCUGUUGAGUACAUGUCCAAGAAAAUGCCAUCUCAGAAGUUGGCUAAGUCCACCUAUGAGAAAGAACUCUAUGCAGUGUUCAAGGCGCUGACCCAUUGGAGACACUAUCUCCUUGGGAGGUUCUUCAUCCUCAGGACUGAUCAUCAAACCUUGAGAUGGAUGAGAACCCAACCUGUACUCUCUGACACAUUGAAGCGUUGGAUAGAAGUCAUUGAGCAGUAUGACUUUGACCCUCAGUACAGUAAGGGUGAGUACAACAAGGUUGCUGAUGCCUUGUCGCGUAGACCUGACUUCUCAGGUGCGCUGAUUACUGAGUACAAUCUUACGGAUGAUGUCACUCAAUCCUUGGUGGAAGCCUAUCGAGAGGACCAGUUUAUGGCUGAGAUCAUACGCAGACUUGAGGCGAAGGAUAAACAAACUUCAGUCGAGUUUGAGUUGGUCAAUGGCUUGCUGUUUCUCGAGAAGGAAGGGAAUAAACGUUUGUGUGUCCCUAAUAAAGAGUCUUUGCGUAGUUUGUUUUUAGGCAAGUGUCACGACGCCACCGGCCAUUUUGGGUACAAGAAGACCGCAGCCAAUUUGCUGCAAAGGUUCUGGUGGCCCACGAUGUUAAAAGAUGCUAAGCUGUACGUGGAAACUUGUCAAGUUUGCCAACGAGACAAGCCCCGUACUCAGGCUCCUCUUGGGCUACUCAAGCCCCUUCCGAUUCCGGAAAGGCCGGGUGAAAGCUUGUCCAUGGACUUCAUGGAUACACUGGUCACCAACAAGAGUGGGAUGAGGCAGAUCUUCGUCAUCGUGGAUAGGUUUAGUAAGUAUGCUAGGUUAAUAGCCAUGCCGGAAACAACGAAGACCGAGUAUGUAAUUUGGUUGUUCAAGGAGAACUGGGUGAGGGAUUUUGGAUUGCCUAAGUCUAUUGUAAGUGACAGGGAUGUCAGAUUUACAAGUGAGUUAUGGAAGGCCGCUGCAGCUGAACAGGGAACUCAACUGCAAAUGACUUCUGGAAACCAUCCAGAAUCAAACGGCCAGGCUGAACAGAUGAACCGUGCUGUUCAACACCUGUUGAGGCAUUACAUUAAGCCCAAUCAGGUGGACUGGGACGAGAAGCUUGCUCUUGUCGCCAGUCUGUACAAUAACGCUGUACACAGCGCUACCGGGGUAAGUCCUAACAGUCUACAUCUUACCUUUAGGCCUAGACUGCCUUUAGACUUCCUACUUCCUGAUAACCAGCCAACUGUUACACCGGGCACUUUGGAGUUCGCUUAUCAUUACGAACAGAAAAUGCAGGAGGCUGUAGAGCACAUGCAGAAGGUGCAGGCAGCAAUGAUAGAAUCUGAGAAUAAACACUGGCGCCCUUCUACAUUUCAGGUUGGGGACAGAGUCUGGGUCAAGUCUUCAGAACUGGGACAGGAGUUCGGGAUAUCCCGCAAACUCAUGCCUUAGUACUUUGGACCUUGGGAAGUUUUGGACGUAGUAGGGACAGAUACUGAUGGUCCAUCUUAUGUCAUCCGUAUCCCUGGUCAUCUCAGAACUUACCCAGUCUUUCACGC